AUGAAGCUGCUUGGGUUCGCGCUGAUGGUGUUAGUCGAGCUGGUGCUAGGACAGGCGCCGUACCCGCCGAGGGGUUACCGACCGCCGGGGCCGCAGUUCGAGCUGCCCGUCAGGAAAGCCAACCCGAAUCCGCCCCAGCCCCAGCGCACGUACGGAUCGCCCCAAUUCGCGCUGCCGACCCUCGAGCCGGCCGACUUCCGUACCGGUCAGAGCGCGCAGGAGAAUCGCAACCAGCAAAGAGGUUUCCCGGCGAGGGAGUACGGCUUUCCCGACGAUACCGUCGCGAUACAAUCGGCCGGCGCGAUCGAGCCGAGCCGUCAGUACGGCGCGCCGAGCGCCCGCGUCCAGAAAAAUCGCGAAAGGCCCGAGACUUUCACAACAGGCGACGACGAGGACGUGGUCGGCGUCGGAAAUCAAAACUACCCCAAGCCGACGGUCGCGUCCCGAGCUGAGAAACCCGUCGCACCGCAGGAGGCGGAAGAAGGCGGCGAUUCCAGCGUGGCGAUCGCGAACGCCGUAGCUAACAGGGGUCAAUACUAUUUUCUGGGCCCCAGCGAAAUGUUUCAAAGGAUUAUGGUCGAGGAUAGAAGAGGCGGCGGCGGUCAGCCGUCGAGGCUGUUGCUGCAGAACAUCGCUCAGCUUAUGAGUCCGUUGUACGGCUAUAACAAUCCAAUGCUGAUUACGCUAAUUUAAUUGUUAUUUUAUAUUAAGCAAAAAGAGUAAGAUGAAAUUGU